AUGAUGCAGGGCCAUGUCGGUUGGGAUCGCGCGCACCAGCAGGUCGAUGCCCUUCUAGCUCGGGCUUGGGCGGUGCUUGUGGCCCCCAGCGCUGCAGAAUCCCUGUCGCAGGCUCUGGAGGAUUCGCAGAAAGCGGAGAGACUCGCGACCGAUAUCUCCGACAGACGACGUGUGGCAGCUGCGAAGCUUGCUCGGGCUCAGGCGUUAAUGAAAGCUGGGGAUGCCUCAGCUCCAGAUGUGCUGAGCGAGGCCCACGGCAUGUUCCAGAAAGCGGGAGACGUCGAGGGCGCCAGAUUCGCUGCUGUGUUCAUGUCAAAAGAAGGCGCUUCGCAGGCAAGCUCCAAACCAGAAGACAGCCAGACCUCCGGGUGCGCUACCUGGGAGGGCUUGGCCAAGCACGCAGACCAAUGGUGGGCGGAUCACAUCCACUUUCAGUUUGCCGGUCUCCAGGGGAGGCCCGUGGCGAACACCGUGAAGAAAAAGUGA